AUGAUGACAUCUACCCAGUUUGUUUUUGGGCUCACAAUUUUGCUUCUUGGCACCAUGGCUCAGAAAACCCAUCUGAAUUUGACUCCACCUGUUCGUCAAAACAGCAGCUUUAUAUUUGCUGCCAUGGGAGAAAAAGUGAUUUUACAAUGUUUCCAUGAAAGGAAAGACUCAGACAGGAUCUGCUGGUACAAGCAAACUCUGGGACAGCAACCAAAGCUGAUUGCAAGCAUCUACAAGUAUGGGGAUGAACCCAUUUUUUAUCAUGAAUUCCAAAACAAUUCUCGUUUCAGUUUUCCUAAAGAAGACCAAACAAAUCACCUGAUAAUUUCAAAUCUAAGAAUUUCAGACUCCGCUACAUAUUUCUGUGGAAUGAGCAAUGCAGAAUUUGUGACUUUUGGAGAAGGCACUGUUGUCAGUGUAAAAAGUUCAGGUUCUAACGUAAAAGCUUUGAUCCAUCACAUGGCACCCACAAGCAUCCAGCCAGGAGGAUCUGGGACUCUGAACUGUACAGUACAAACCGGGAGCUGUGAUGGAGAACACACUUUUUACUGGUUUAAAGACUCUGACAGAUUUCAAACAGGAUUCAUUUAUACUAAUGAAAGCGGGAGUGAGCAGUGUGAGAGAAACUCUAACACACAGACACGCACCUGUGUCUACAAUCUGCCAGUGAACAACCUAACUGUGUCUGAUGCUGGCACCUACUACUGUGCUGUUGCCUCAUGUGGAUACAUUCUAUUCGGAAAUGAAACAAUACAGAACUUCUCACGUGAGAAAAACCUCUUGAACAAUGUUGUGGUUGGAACUUUAACUGGAUGUUUGACAACUUUCCUAGUUGCUUUACUGAUUUUCUUAGUGUGCAGACAAAGGAAGACAUUCUACCAACCCCAAGAGUCACAGUUUUCUGAUACCUUUACUACUUCAUGGGUUAAUGACCAAGACGCAAACGGAAUCAUUUAUGCUUCUGUAAAUGUUGACCAGUCAAAAAGAUCAAGACAGAGAAGCAGCAGCGAGAAUGAUUGUGUUUACUCCAGCGUAAACAAGGGGAAAUAAGCUUUUUAUAAGCCGUGUUAUUUAGGAUGUCUGCAAUGUAGUUUCAGGAACUAAUCUUAAGGGAAAUCUUUAGCAAGAUAUGUUGUUUCCUUUAAUCAGAGGCCGAAUCAUUGAAUCUCAAUUUAAAAGAAAAUGUUUGGUUAAAGACACAUUUGAUUAUGUUGGAAAACUUUAUGAUCUGUGUUUUUGGAUUGUCAUGUGGUUUGAAAAUAAAUACAAAGACAAACAACAACAACACCAACAAUGAUAUAGACAGUCCAAAACAUGACUGUAAUGGGUUACUCUAAAUUGACCUUUGGUCUAAGUGUGUGUUCUCCUGGUUGUU